AUGCACUUGGCGGCAAAAACGGCCAAAAUCGUAGGCGCCGAACUUUUCUUCUUUUUGUUUUUUUUUUUUUUUUUUUUUUUUUUCUUUUGUUUUUUUCUUUCUUUUCUUUUCUUUUCUUUUCUUUUCUUUUCUUUUCUUUUCUUUCUUUGCACUUUUCUUAUCUUUUAUUUCUUUUCUUUUCUUUUCUUUUCUUUUCUUUUCUUUCUUUUAUUUUAUUUUCUUUUCUUUAUCUUUUCUUUUCUUUCUUUUCUUUCUUUUUUAUGUGUAUUUGAACAAGGGCCACUUGCAUAUGCAAUAAAACUCAGGUUGUUGAAAGCUUUUUCCUGCGCCUAUAGAGAUCCACGCGUUUUCUAG